AUGAGCACCUGGUUCCAAAAUGAUGAAGCCACCGCAUUUAGUGUUGCCCAUGAAAAGACAUUUUGGGAGUACGCUGGCCAAGAUCCCAGACUCAACAAUCUCUUUAAUGAAACCAUGGCUAGUGAGAGCAUACUGGCUAGCAAGUUGGUUGUAAGCAAAUGUAAAGGCAUCUUUGAUGGGGUGAAUUCCUUGGUGGAUGUCGGGGGAGGCUUAGGAACUAUGGCCAAGGGCAUUGCUGAAGCAUUUCCCCACAUGGACUGCACUGUGUUUGAUCUCCCCCAUGUGGUUUCUGACUUGCAAGGCUGCAAAAAUUUGAAGUAUGUAGCGGGGGAUAUGUUUCAGGCAGUUCCUCCAGCAGAAGCAAUUUUGCUCAAGUGUAUACUGCAUGACUGGAGUGAUGAAGACUGCGUGAAAAUACUUAAACGAUGCAAACAAGCAAUUAUGAGUGAGGGACAUCAGAAAGCUGGGAAGGUGAUAAUUAUAGAUAUGGUGAGAGAGAACCAGAAUGGAGACGAGAGGUCAAUUGAAACGCAGUUGGUUUUUGAUCUAGCAAUGAUGGUGGCUGUUAGUGGCAUGGAGAGAAAUGAAAAGGAGUGGGCCAAGCUCUUCUUUGAUUCUGGUUUCCUCAACUACAAGAUACAUACUGUGCCAGGCACAAGAGCUGUCAUUGAGCUUUAUCCCUGAUAAGAUCUUAAUGUUUUGUUUC